AUGACCUCUCACAUGCCCGAAAAUUAUGCCGAGGACCGGCUGCAUCGGUACCUCGCGCACUGGACCCGAGAUCCGUCCAAUGUCUCAAAGGUGGACGUCGCCGCCAUCAGCUGGGCCACGGAUGAAGAGCGCCGUGAAAGACAGACAAAAUACUACCAAGUAGGAUCAGACUACUAUGAUCUGGUCACGCCACUGUAUGAGCAGGGCUGGGGCCAACAAUUCCACUACACGCCCAUCACGCCGGGCCUCUCCAUCCGGGAGAGCAUGACGGCCUACGAAAAAACCUUCGCCGGACUGGCCCGUCUGACCAAGGGCAUGCGGGUGCUCGACCUGGGGUGCGGCAUCGGCGGGCCCGCCAGGACCAUCGCCGCGGCCAUCGGGUGCAGCAUCGUGGGCAUCACCAACAACGCCUGGCACGUCGAGCGCGGCACCGCUCUGACCAAGGAGGCCGGGAUGGGCCACCUGGUGACGCUCGUCGACGGGGACUUUUUGAAAUUGCCCUUCCCCGACGAGUCCUUUGACGCGGCUUACUCGGUCGAGUCGCUGUGCUAUGCGCCUGAUCCUGCAGCCGUCUAUAGGGAGAUUAAGCGUGUGUUGAAGCCGGGGGCGCCGUUUAUGUUCCACGACUUUGCCAUGACGGAGAACUCACCCGCCCCUUGGUACUAUGGACCUGCAGGCGAUAUCUUGUGGGCUUGGAGGAUGCCAGGCUGGCCCGACUUUUGGAAGGUGUUCAAGAUGUGGGAGCCCUUCCGAGGGUGUGCCCAUCUCGUCUACCGAGCCAUGAUCUUUGUUGGUAAGGCGCCCCCCGAGGUCUCGACCCUGAUGGACACCAUGUGGUACUGCACUAAGAGUGUGGUUAUCGGAGGGAAAAUGGGCAUCUUCACGCCCAUGUACGUCUUUGUUUGUCGAAAGCCAGGAGGGGAAAAGAAGUAA